AUGAGGAUUAGGCGGAGCGUGAAUAUUAGCAACGGCAGUGUCUUUCAUCUGGUGCUCGUCACUAUGGCAGCGCUCGUACGGCAGGUCAUUACGGAGGACUGUGGACAGGAGGAGCUGGUACAGUGCACGAGACCCCUGCAGGUCCUGUCUGCUACGUCGGAGCUGUCGUUCGUGACCAAGAAGGAGGAGCUGGAUAAACUUUGCCCCGAUCUUCACAAAGGACUGCACUGUAUACGAAGCUACACCCGACGCUGCAUGAAUAUUCAUCAGCGGGACCACUUCAACAAACUCUACCAUGGCACUAAUGAAGUGAUACACGAGCUCUGCGAGGAAGGCCCAUAUCAGGAAGACUUUCUUAGACAUGCACCGUGCAUGCGGCAUGUGAAAAAAGACUACGAGGUGUGUGCGGCCCGGUACCAGAGCACCAUGGCGAAGAUAGGCCAAUCGGUCGCCACCACCACCACGACGACGGUCGCAUCCUCCGCCUAUCCGACAAUGGCCACACAUCCGGCCGCCGUACUGAGCAGUGGCGGUGGGCAAUACCACAGCGGUGACAUGAGUCAGCAUCAGCAUCAGCACCAUCACAGACAGCAGCACGACCAUCCGGCGAGAAGCCAUCCCAACAGCACCAAGUCGAUCGAGGAUGCGGAGGAGGAACGGCUUAAAACGGUUUGCUGUGCCUUCCAGAAGUACAUGCAGUGCUCGGAGUUUACGGUGCGGCAUGCCUGCGGUGACGAGACGGCGCUUUUCACGCGCAAAUUCCUCGACAAGAUGUCCAACACGCUGAUGCGGAUGCACUGCGUCGAUUACACGCCGGAAAGUGGCAAAUGCCGGGAUUACUUCAGCUCAAGCGCCACCCGGUCGGGUUUAGUGUGGUGGAGUUCAUCAAAUAUGGUCACACUCACCAUCGUGACGGUGCUUGCGGUUGCUACAAAUGCGCGGAUGCUACAACCGUACCCGGGCCAAUGGCUGGGAACGUUUAUUUAAUCGCCACCCACAGCGACGUCGAUCGGUACCCGAUCGCACCCGGCACGAUCUCGAUGACGAGAAGGAAAUAGACCGUUGCGUCCGUGCUACAGAUGCUACAUUAACAUCUACAUCAACUACAGCACGAGAUAAUGGGCAGGUAAAUGCACCGAUUGCAUAUCCAUCCUGGCGGAACGGAGCUAAUCGCCAUGCUUGAAAAGGCUGUAAAUUGAGUGGAAUGUGCGGCUAAACGGGGAAGAUUAAAAGGCACACGCAUCAAAACGCUCAAAACAGUGAACAGUUUAGUGAAUGGCAAAGCAGCAAACACUUUAUAAAGAAUGGAGGGACGGAAAUAGAGAGAAUGCGUACGAAACAAGUAAACAAGAGUGCACAAAGCGCCACAUUGUGCACUGGCCAUGGUAUGGACUGGUGAGAAAAUGCAUGGCACGGGUGUGAACUUGUUCUACUACAACACGGGAAAUCAAAAUAGUUCCCUGUUCUCUGGAACAGUGGAGAAAAAAAAUGCAACGCAACUGGUGCCGUGACCAGCAGCAAAAAAAAGCGUCCUCCUUUUCCUCCGUCUGUAGUCAGGUAAACCAUUGCAUUUGCUGUGUUUGUUUUGUUUUGUGUUUAAACAGAUAGGUUUAGUAGCAAAUAAUAAUGAUGUGAGGGAAAUAAGGGGUGGAGCUAAUAAAGAAAGACCUAUUAAUCUAUUGUUAUUAAUUGAUUAUUCCUUGUAAUAAUGCCUUUAUUAAAGACAUUUCUUCACACACACACACACACAAAACACGAAGGAAAGUUACGAUUGAAGACGAUACAAGAGCAAAUAAGCGUAGAGCACUAAACUCUUAAAGGGUAAAGCUCAAAACCUUUAGCAAAUUGACAACGUAAUUGAGUAGAGAAAAGGAAAUCCAACGGUUUUUCAGUUUCGCACCACCAACUCCAUCCUAACACUAUUGAUUCAGUAGCAGAAAAAAAAACGAGAAGGAAAUUAAAGUACACAACUAUUAAAAAUAGAACUCGAAUCGCCAUUUUGCAAAACGCAUUGCGGACGCUUUCACCUCUAACCUUUAACUAAAAAACAAACAAACCCCGCUAUCCUAAAGCUUAGCGUACGUUACGUGCGAUCGUUUAUUCUGCUGGCGAACAAUCUGUUACUUCUUAUCUUUGACAAACAAACAAAAUAUAUAUAAAUAAAGCAUUGGACGUGGGAUGUUAGGGAUGUUCGAAUAGGGCAAAUGUAGCCAAUGUGGCGAUAUGGGGCCGAAGAAAAAUGACGUGGGAGAGCAAUGAAUUUGAAUGGGAGUUUGUAUAGAAAUGAAACUGUUUGUAAAGAGAUAGAAUGCCUAGUGAGGGACGGAAAGUGAACUGUAACGUCGCACGGAAACAAACGGAAACAUAACAUGAUUAACAUGAAACAAGCGAUACGAUUGUAGAACACACAGAACACGCAAAACAUUGAAUAAAAGUAUCAGAAAACUGUA